AUGCUUUCUUCCGCUCUCAUUGCUCUCCUCCCAGUCCUCGCUGGAGUUGUCCAAGGCGUGGCCGUCGAGCGCAACGGCCGUUGGGACAGUGAUAGCUGGGGCGUCCAAUCUCAAGGCCAUGGCCAUGGGUUCUCCAACAGGUGGCAGAACCCUGCACUCGUCACCUGCCAGGCCCUCACGGCCAACAUUCUCGAUGGCUGCCCUGAGGGUACUCUGCUCGUCGACGGCUCGGGCAACUGGACGACGUCCACCAACUCUACAAAGACUCACGGUUCAAAGGCCAGCACCGCGACGUUCACCACCAUCCAGGCAGCCAUUGACUCGAUCCCUUACGCCUCGUCCAAGACGUACACCAUUCUGAUCACUCCUGGCGAGUACAACGAGCAGGUCAACAUUACUCAGAAUGCGGCCAUUACCAUGCUUGGUGUGACCAGCAACGUCACGGACCCCACUGCCAACACUGUUACCGUCUACCGCGAGCUUGCCAACUACAAUGUCAGGUACACGGACAAUGUCUGGACCGCCAACCUCAUCGUGGCACCGACAUACAACUCCUCUGCCACUGGCGCUGGUCCUUCCGGUACACCAGUUGCAGCCGAUACUCCCUGGGGAAACAAGGACCUGCGCGUGUACAACGUCGACUUUGUCAACAACUACUCGCAAUACUCGUCUGGACCUUCGCUUGCGCUCUCAACUGCGUACUCGUAUUCGUCCUUCUACCGCUGUGGUUUCUACUCGGAGCAAGACACCAUCUUCAUUGGCAAGCGCGGCUCGGCCUACAUGCACGAGUGCAUCAUUGCCGGCCAGACCGACUUCCUGUACGGCUUUGGCACCCUCUGGGUCCAGGACAGUGAGAUCCAGAUGCGCGCAUGUGGUGGUGGCAUCAUUGCGUGGAAGGGCAGCAACUUGACCGACAGUUUCGAGCCUGGCACCUACGACAGCAACCACUUUGGCUGUUACAUUGACAAUGCCAACUUUGUGGCUGCCAACCAGACCGUCUACGACGACUGGCAGGGCAAGUGCUACCUCGGCCGUAACUGGAACGAGGGCCACCGCUCUGUCAUCUCCAACAGCUACAUGGACCACACCGUUGCCGGCCAGGGUUACGAGAAGUGGACCGCCAGCAUCCCGCUCCCCACCCCGGUCUUCUUUGGCGAGUACAACUCGACUGGUGACGGCUUCAACCUCACUGCGCGCGUUGCUGCCAACAUCACGCACGAGAUGACCGCCGCCGAGGUGGCAAAGUACAGCUUUGCCAACGUGUUUGGCAGCAAGAAACCUUCCUGGAUCGACUCGCACUGCCUCUAG